AUGGAAGAUAGAGCUGGUGAGCAAGAGCAGGAGAGACACAGCCUUCGUCUGGAAAAGCUACAACACUGGGCGAGGCACAGGCAGAGUGGGCACCUCUUGGUGCUAGCGGUGAGCCAGCUAUGGCUGGCAGUGGUUGUGGUGCCCCUUGCUGUCUCAGUCGCCUGCCUGAACUCUGAUUGUCACAUGGCCACAGCGCUGCCUCUUGGGCCUGGAGCCUCAGGUCUCCUCACUGGGACUGUCACUCUGGAGCUUCGCAGAGCACCCCGCCUCUGGAAGGUGCGGGCCAUGAUGAUAUUCAACACCUUCAACUUGAUCUUGGGUUUCAUCGUGGUGGUGGUCGAGGUGAUGAAGACAGCCUUGGGGCCUGCCCCAACUGCCUCCUCCCAGCAUGCUGGCUUGCUGGUGCUGGAACUCAGUGCUGAGGCCUUCACCCUAGGGGGAGUGCUGGUCUCAGUGCACGCCCUAUUCUUGCUGAGCCAGAGGAAACCAGGAUGCUGCAGGAGCCAGAGUCUGCACUAUCAAGAGCUGCAGGAGGGCUUCUCUGAGUUGGAAGAGGUUCCUGGUUUGGAGAAUGGUCCCACGGUGGCCAGCACAGGAGCAAAUGAGAGGGCGAGACAGCGGGAACAGACACGUGCUGCUCUCCUUCCACCCUGAGAGAAUGCUCUCCAGACAUUCCUGCAUCCCACCCCACCAAACUCAGAAGCUUGCUGGGAUCCUUCGAGUCCAAUAGGAAGUCCGGGAGUGCCUUCAGUUUUCACUCAGAGCAGGCCCUUUUUUCUUUCCUUCCCUGUUAGGAGAAGAUACACCUGGACGAGAAUAUAUCCUCACCUCACCACCCUGAAAAGCUGCUUUCUCCCUUCCAUCCAUAUCCUCUCUUCCUGUCACCUCCCCAUACAGCUUCACAUCUGCCUCAUCGCACUUUUCUUUUCUGUCCACCUUUCAUAAUCCCAUCCACUCCAAAUCCCGGACCCUGCACACGCCAACUCCCUGAAUCCAAUUCAGGAGCGCCCCAGUUCCCCUUUCGAUCCGUCUCCUUUCUGCUGUAGCGGAGACUACAAGUCCCAAGAUGCCCCACUAGCCCGUGACCGGCUAGGAAAUAAAGAGCCUUCUCUCCGCGGUA